AUGUCUUUCUCGUUACUUGCCUCUCCACUACGGAUGGCGCCAACUCUCGAUCCAUCAACAACUCCAAAGUCUUCGCCACCUCGUUCAACCCAUCAUCCCAACCCUAUAAAAUCCAUAGACUUGUCGCUUGUGGCAAUGGUGUUGGUUUCUCCAUCUUUGCCAAUAAAUUUCUUGGUGUCUUUGUUGCCAUUUGCCUUUCUACUGCAGAUGCCACUCCCAAUCCAUCAACAACUCCAACAUCUUUGUCAUCUCUAUGGCAACAUCAAACAUAAGUUCAACAAAGAAAAAAUCACAAUGCGACGAGAAAGAAAGAAAAGUCUGCGGCGGCGCAUUAAGCGUAAAAAGAAAGGAAAGAGUGGCGCGAAUUUCGACGAUGUUUCUGGUUCUGGGUUUUCGGCUACAAAAACAAGUAGGGUAGGUAGGCAGGUCUUAGGUAGUGGCAAACGAGAUUACGAAAGGUUGCGGUUGCGGAAAUUAAAUGACAACGAGUAUAGCUGGUGGAAGCAGCAACCUCAACCACCGGUUAAAUUUCUGCCAGGCAAAAGGUUAGAUGGGCUAUCGAAGUUGUUGCAGUUCCAAAGAGAUAAAUUUUCUCAAUCUACCAUUAACACAAACUGGAAAUCUCUCGGAACAAGAAAAGUCAGCAUAUCAUCUUGUGUCAGAGAUAGUUCAGUUAAGUACUUUGAUUUUUCUGUCAUUGGAAGUGGAGUUGCUGGUCUGCGUUAUGCUCUUGAAGUUGCAAAAUAUGGAACUGUUGCUGUCAUUACCAAGGCUGAACCCCAUGAGUGCAAUACAAACUAUGCCCAAGGUGGUGUUAGUGCAGUGCUGUCCCCAUCAGACUCUGUGGAGAGUCACAUGCAGGAUACUAUUGUAGCAGGGGCUUAUCUAUGUGAUGAGGAUACUGUCAGAGUUGUCUGCACAGAAGGACCUGACCGAAUUAGAGAAUUGAUAGCUAUGGGUGCAAUGUUUGAUCAUGGGGAGGAUGGAAACUUGCACCUAGCAAGGGAAGGGGGUCACUCUCACCGUAGAAUUGUUCAUGCUGCUGAUAUGACCGGAAGAGAGAUUGAGCGAGCUCUACUGGAGGCAGUUGUCAAUGAUCCUUGUAUCUCUGUGUUUGAGCACCACUUUGCCAUAGAUUUGCUAACUUCUCAGAACGGUCCUGACACGGUUUGUCAUGGUGUGGACGCUUUGAACACUGAAACACGACAGGUUGUUCGAUUUAUUUCGAAGGUGACUUUAAUUGCAUCAGGUGGGGCUGGGCAUAUCUACCCCUCCACCACAAAUCCUCCGGUGGCAACAGGAGAUGGAAUGGCCAUGGCUCACCGAGCUCAAGCUGUGAUUUCCAACAUGGAAUUUGUGCAGUUCCACCCAACUGCUUUAGCCGAAGAAGGACUUCCCGUAAAACCAAUCAAAGCUCGAGAAAAUGCAUUUCUAAUCACUGAAGCUGUAAGGGGUGAUGGAGGCAUCCUCUAUAACUUAGACUUGGAGAGAUUCAUGCCCCUGUAUGAUGAGAGAGCGGAGCUGGCUCCUAGGGAUGUAGUGGCAAGAAGCAUAGACGACCAGCUUAAGAAGCGUUAUGAGAAGUAUGUGCUACUUGACAUUAGUCACAAGCCCAAGGAGAAGAUUCUCUCUCACUUCCCCAACAUAGCUGCUGAGUGCCUCCAGUAUGGCCUGGAUAUAACCUGCCAGCCAAUUCCAGUGGUACCUGCUGCCCAUUACAUGUGCGGUGGCGUCCGUGCUGGGCUUCAGGGGGAGACAAAUGUGCAGGGCCUCUACGUGGCAGGUGAGGUUGCAUGCACUGGUUUGCAUGGAGCAAACCGACUUGCUAGCAAUUCAUUGCUGGAAGCACUAGUUUUUGCUCGAAGAGCUGUUCAGCCCUCCAUUGAUCACAUGAAGAGCUCUAGCCUUGAUCUCAGUGCUUCAAAUUGGUGGGCCAGACCAGUUGUACCCAAUUCACUUGGGAGCAAUGUAAUGGACAACAUAUUGAGGAAGACAAGAGAAGUGAGGAAAGAACUGCAGUCAAUCAUGUGGAAAUACGUAGGGAUUAUCCGGUCAACGACAAGGCUUGAAACCGCAGAGGAAAAAAUCAGUGUGUUAGAGGCCCAAUGGGAGAAGUACUUAUUUGAGAGAGGAUGGGAACACACAAUGGUGGGGCUUGAGGCUUGUGAAAUGAGAAACCUCUUUUGUUGUGCAAAGCUGGUUGUGAGCAGUGCACUCGCUAGGCAAGAAAGUCGUGGGCUGCACUAUACGAUUGAUUUUCCUGAUGUGGAGGAAAGCAAGAGGUUACCGACAGUUAUUCUCCCAUCCCUAGUGACUAGUAGUACAUGGAGCUCACGACAGCUACACAAGCAGGUCAUUU